CAACCGGUCGUAGUAUAAAUUUAUAUAUUUAUUAUUAAAGAAUAAAUUAUGAAAAAUAUAUAAAGUAAUUAAUUUUAUAAAUCAUUCUCUAACUGAAUCUUGAUUAAUUACACAUUAUUAUAACGAUUGUUAAUAGUUAUAUAACAUUGAAACUCAAAGCAAGACAUUUUGUUUUUCUGGAAGAAUUGUUGUACUUAGGAAACAAGUGACAUUUUUGAGAUUUGUUGAAUACUAAACAAAAUGGCUGAUGAAGAUGUUAUGCCAGAAAAUGAUUACUUAAUGUCAGUAUUAAAUAUGUUAAACGGUUAUUGUAUAGUUAACUUGGAAGUUCCACAGACCAGCUCAUUUUAUACACACGAUAGUCUGUUGCCAAUAAAUUCAAAAAGAGGUGUUGUUAAUAGUGAGGAUAAACAUAAAAUAUAUAAUACACCUGAUAAUAUAGCAGAUAUGUUUCAAAAUAUUGUAAAAAUACAAACAAACGAAAAUACUGAAGAUAUAGAUGGCCUGCAACCUUGUACAUCAAAAAAAAAUUCAUUGGAACAAUAUCAACAUUAUUCGGAACCUUUAUUUAAUGAAAAUAGCAAUGAGGUAAUAAGAAAGCGAGAGGAAAAAAAAAGAAGUGUAUCCCCUAAAAGCAAAAAGAAAAAAGCUAAGUACAAUAAGUUGAACAAUGUGCUGCCUUGGCAAGAUCAGCAGACGCCACAUUCUAGUCGACUUCGAAACAAUUUGAAUUCUGUAAAUUAUGUUGAUCCAUAUGAAAAUACAGAAUUUCCCAAUAUUAUGGGUACCCAGGAUAAUAAUGAUGUCAAACACAUGAAAAACUACAGGAAUAGUACUCAAAUUUUAAAGCCAGACGCACCUAAUACACAAGAUUCUAACAGUGAAAUUCAUAAUUACAAGUUAUUUGCAACUCAAUCUCAGUGUCCUUUAUGUUUCCGCAUGUAUCCUACUGCUGUUAUUGAGGCUCAUGCAUCUGUAUGCAGUAUUUAAAUGUUCAAUCAUAUAAAUUUAGUAGUGACAAGCUUAAGCUAGAAUUUAUUAAGUAUAUACAUAAUAUUAUUAUUUCUAAUAUUAUGGAAUUAAACUAUUGAUUAUUCUAUAAUUAUCAAUAAUUUGUUAAUAUGUUUAAUUAAUUUACUAUUAUCAUUGAGUAUGUAUAAUACAAUAUACACUCAAUGCUAUUAUUAUCCACCUAUAAUGAUUUAUGACUAUUGUAUUAACUGGAAAAUUUAAUUAUUGUAUACAAAAUUUAAAGUUCAUAGAAUAAUUAAAGCCACUUCAAAAACUCGUCAACGUAGGUAAUUUAUAGAUUGUAAAAAUGUAAUAUUGUGUGUUAUUCGAUUGAUUUUUUUGGAAUAAAAAAAGCUGAGCUAUAAAUGUUUAAAAAAAAUCUAUAUGUAACAACUUAGAACUAUCUUAAAUUUAUUUUUCAAAACUUUAUUAACCCAUUAGUGCUUAUUGUAACAGAAAUACAACAUGUUUAUUACAUAAUAAUAUUAUUAUGUUAGAAAAAAUACAUUUAAUUUAGGUGGCCAUUAGUUAUUAUAAACGUAAUUUUUUUUAAUAUAUACUUUUAACUUAUUUUUUGCAAAGUCCUGAUCAUUUAAUUUAAAUUUGUAUAUUAAAAAUGUUUAAAAGUUGGACAUUGAGGGGUUAAUAAAUUGCACAAAAAAAAAGUGAAAUAAAAAGUUUCCACAUGUUUUAAGGGAGUGGAUUGAUGAUAUGGCCUUAUUUUAACUGUAUAUCUAAACACAUAAAACCACAAAAACAUAAAAUUAGAAAUAAAAUAUUUUUUAUAAAUUGAUAAAUUAAUAAACUAUUUUAGAAAGUUGUAGCCUGCAAAUUGGUAAUUUUUUAAUUGUGAUUACAAAAAUAGUAGACCUCUAUUACGUCAAAGUUUUUUUACUCAUUUACCCUUUUGCUGCUAUGAAUAUUUGGUAUACACGCUGAACCAAAGCACAAUUAAAAACUAGAAUUGUAAAAUCUAAAAACCUUUAUCUACCUAACCCAAACUUAAUCAGAUUUUUACAUUAAAAAAAUAUAUCAAGCAUAAACUAUGCUUAACGAGACGUUAGAUUCUGCGUUAGAUGCAUAUUAUUGAUUUUAUGAUAAGCAUACCUAUUGUUAUAACAGCCAUGUUUAUACCAUCUUAUUAGUUAUUAAGUGUUAUUUUU